AUGAGCAGCAAAGAGAUGAUAGUUGAUGCUCUCGCAUGUAUCGACGCUUGGGAAAACUGCCUACCACUGGGUGGUGAUGGCAUCUGGAGCGUGCUGAACAAACACCAGUCAAUGUUGUGCUCAAUAGGGUCGCGAUCGAACUAUUGGGAUACAGAGAGCCGUGAUCUCAGACAAGAGUUUCGAGUUUUCGCCUUUGGUUGGUACGCGGCUGAGUGCGCUAUCAUUCCCAUUGCCAUUUGCGCAUCGGUGCGGCACGUUGUACAGCAACUCUUCAAAAAACAAUUCCCACCUGUGAAAGUAUGGAACUCGGAUGAUCACGUCGCAUACGCGGCGACGCGAAAAGUAUUGUUCAACGUCGAUGGCGUCGCGUUCUGUCCAUGCCCGGUCCACAUCGUGCGGCGGAUCACGGAACAGAAAAUUGGAAGCGAAGACCACUAUGAAGAACUUGCGAUGCAGUGCACCCUGAUGAAGCAUGCUGGCUCACAUGCGCAAUUUGAACACAUCAGACUGGCUUCGAUAGACAUUUGGGCGCGAAAGAACGUGGAGGAGUGCAUUCAUGCGCUCGAACUACUUGAAAGCAAGCCAUUCCACGCCACGCAAUCUGGUUUGCCCGGUCAUGUCUCAGACAAUCAACCCAUUGAAAGUUUGCAGAAAGUGAUUCGUGAGUUCGUCGGAAGGAAGCAACACAAUCCACGAUCAUUCUUCUACAACGUAUUAGGGCGAUUGAUGGAACAUAUAUCGCGACGUUUAAUUGUGAUGUCGGACCAGCGGCCUGUUUUCACUGUCGCCACUAUGACCGGGUAUGAAGCUUCUAUGCAACUGCAUGCUCUUCAAGCGCCGUUGACCGACUACACAGAGUGGCGAAAAGUCGCUUUCCGCGUGCCGCAAACAGACGACGAGACGUACAUUCUUCCCGCUUUGAGCAUCGUUGAAUCACGACGCGAUGGUCGGCGUUCCGCGCGUAUGUACCAGGUGAAGGUGCAGCUUGUUGAAGAAGGUCCUGCCAUGAAUUAUUACAAUACGCUGGUGGGCGUACCAGCGCCCCAUUCGUACGACAGCACAAACGAGAUAAAGGCAGCGAUUGGCGCGUAUAACAUGAUUAAAAAAGUCACAGACCAGGAUGUGGCUGGUUUACCGCGGGCGAUAGCCACUCACAUGCUACAGAACAAGUGGAUGUGUAACUGUUUGGAGUUCAUGCGAAGAGUACAAUGUGGUCACACCUUGUACGGCAGAUUUGCCGACCAUCCAGAUUCGCCGAGGUGGCAUGCAGAAACACUUCUAAGGCAGCGCUGGUGUAAGGCAAAAAGCCUGCGUAAAAAGGAUUUGCCUGGUCUGCGUCCCAAAGCACGUGAGGAUGAAAAUGUAGAGUUAGGCAAGUAUGAAAACAUCGAUCGACUCAGGCCCAAACGUCGGAACACGAAGGGAGUGAUCACUCCCGCGCCGCGAAAAGACUCAUCCAAGUUAGUUCGCUCGCCGUUAUCGCCCGAUUACAUUAAUCGCACGGUGACGAGGUCUGCACAAGGUUUGCCCACCCCUUCAAAAAGUAACUCACUUCAAGAGUUGGCUGGAAUCGUGGCCAUGUCCAAUCGCGGACAAGGUGAUAUCACGUCAGCAUUGGAGAGCUGGGCACGCAAGAUUAAGCUACAGAGCGGAAUACAUGGCGGCAUCGACGAGUUCUGCGAGGAAAUACUGAGAAAUGGACAAUGGCAAUUUCAUCCAUGGUACUUGGCACAUUUCUUCAAUCUGGGGGACGAGAAUGAAUUACCACGAAUCUUUCGUCAGCCGUCAGGCGACGCAUUGCAAUACAAGGCUGCAGACUGCAGAACCAGGAGAAGAUUCAUCGAACAAUACACGGACUCGCACACUUGUCCGAAAUUGACGAAUGCGAAUAUGUAUGAAAUCUGUUCUGAUUCAACUUGGUUGGCAAACUAUCACGUCAACCCAAUUUUGGACUGCAUACAAUUCGAUUUGCGUGCAAUGGGGAGACGAUGCUCGAUUGUAGGACCUAUUUUACGUGAGUCGGAGCUAAUGACGACCGGCCGUGUAGCUGUCGAGCAAGACUAUCGUAACGCCCUGUCGAUGACAUCUCAUGGGAGGAAUGCAAGGUGGUAUGAAAGUGAUGAUAUUUUUUUCGUGUGGCAAAAUGGGGCUAGAUGCCAUUGGUUCGCGUAUCAUUUCAAGUACGAGCGCGGCUCAUGGACCUCACGCAGGUACGACUCUAUGCAGGUACUCAGAAGCCACAAGUUCAAUGCACAGCACGUUCCACUUCCACCCGAUGACAAGGAGGAAGUGGAAAAGCUCGGACAGCUCUUGACGUUUGCCGUUCGCGAAUGGCACAGAACGCAACCUGAAAACGAUGAAGCUGCAUCGAAGCACAAGGCGCUGGAAGCAAAAGUACGUUUCGACUCGAAGACAUGGCCACCUCAGCAGGUCGACGGGUCGUCCUGUGGAGUACUUACAGUUUACAACAUCACCUUAGCUGCCAUGGGUAUUGCCAUUUCACCGAAACUGUACGUGACGCAUUGUGGGGAGCAGCACUUACGAAAUAAGCUCGUACACGCUUUGCGCGAUAUAAAAAAUGUCGACUCGCGUUAUUGGUACGCGAACGUGAAGGAUCCAUUACACGUGUACUAUGAUGAACUUGAAUUGGACACAUCUAUUUGGUGCUUAAGCGGCUAG